GACGGUGCGGACGGGUCAGGAGCGUAGAGGCGGCGGCAAAAUGGCGGCGCCUGAGGAGCGGGAUCUAACCCAGGAGCAGACAGAGAAACUGCUGCAGUUUCAGGAUCUGACGGGUAUAGAAUCUAUGGAUCAGUGUCGCCACACCUUGGAACAACAUAACUGGAACAUAGAGGCUGCUGUACAGGACAGACUGAAUGAGCAAGAGGGCGUGCCAAGUGUCUUCAGCCCACCUCCAUCCCGACCCCUGCAGGUUAAUACAGCUGACCACAGGAUUUACAGCUAUGUUGUCUCAAGACCACAACCAAGGGGACUGCUUGGAUGGGGUUAUUACUUGAUAAUGCUUCCAUUCCGAUUUACGUAUUACACGAUACUUGAUAUAUUUAGGUUUGCUCUUCGUUUUAUACGGCCUGACCCUCGCAGCCGGGUCACUGACCCCGUGGGGGACAUUGUUUCAUUUAUGCACUCAUUUGAAGAGAAAUAUGGGAGGGCUCACCCUGUCUUCUACCAGGGAACGUACAGCCAGGCCCUUAAUGACGCCAAGCGGGAGCUUCGCUUUCUGCUGGUUUACCUUCAUGGAGAUGAUCACCAGGAUUCUGACGAGUUCUGUCGCAAUACACUCUGUGCACCUGAAGUCAUUUCGCUAAUAAACACCAGGAUGCUGUUCUGGGCGUGCUCCACAAACAAACCCGAGGGCUACAGGGUCUCACAGGCAUUACGAGAGAACACCUAUCCGUUCCUGGCCAUGAUUAUGCUGAAGGACCGGAGGAUGACGGUGGUGGGACGCCUAGAAGGCCUCAUUCAGCCCGAUGACCUGAUUAACCAACUGACUUUUAUAAUGGAUGCGAACCAGACUUACCUGGUGUCAGAACGUCUAGAAAGGGAAGAAAGAAACCAAACCCAGGUACUGAGGCAGCAGCAGGAUGAGGCCUACUUGGCGUCGCUCAGGGCCGACCAGGAGAAAGAGAGGAAGAAGAGGGAGGAGCGGGAGCGCAGGCGGCAGAAGGAAGAGGAGGUGCAGCAGCAGAAGCUGGCGGAGGAGAGGCGGCGGCAGAACUUACAAGAGGAAAAGGAAAGGAAGUUGGAGUGCCUUCCUCCGGAGCCUUCCCCAGAUGACCCAGAAAGUGUCAAGAUCAUUUUCAAGUUACCCAAUGAUUCUCGAGUAGAGAGACGAUUCCACUUCUCACAGUCUCUAACAGUAAUCCAUGACUUCUUAUUCUCCUUGAAGGAAAGCCCUGAAAAGUUUCAGAUCGAAGCUAAUUUUCCCAGGCGGGUGCUGCCUUGUGUCCCUUCAGCGGAGUGGCCCAACCCCCCUACGCUGCAGGAAGCCGGACUGAGCCACACAGAAGUUCUCUUUGUUCAGGACCUGACAGAUGAAUGACACUUUCUUGCUCUCCCCUUACACCCCUAUCCCUGAAAGAAAUGGAUAAAACGAAAACCGAAAACACACACACACACAAAAAAGAGAUUCAUAUUAUUAUUAUUAUAAUACAAUAUUUUUUUUAAAAGACUGCUGCAUCCUAAGGAAGGAUCAGAAACCAUGCUGCCUGCGAGAGUCAAAACCUAUGUGUGCACAAGGUGAGCAGUGGACGGCCCGCCAAGCCCGCCCUUCCCUCUGGCCUCUGCACCGCGAAGCUGCCAGCUGUCGGAGAGUGCACCUCCAACCCUGAGGAAGGGACGUUCCCACUCGUUCUUACUCGCUCUAACUUUUAUGGAAAAUAAAAAUGAAAAGCCUCCCUCUGCCUGCUCCUGCAGCAUCUCCUGAGGACUCGGGUCUCUGACAUCCGGAGGAGAGGGGGAAGAGGAAGCGCAUGGCAGGGGUCUUGUGGAACUGCCCACAAUUUACGAAUAACUUUCAUUGGUUCUUUUGCUUUGUAAUGACCAAAGGAAUACGGCAAACAUGGGUGUAUUUUUUUCCCCCCUUAAUAUUUGAUAAGAGCCAAUUCUUAAGCCCAUGCGUAGUGUAAUAAAGGUGCCCUGGGUUGGUUUAUGCUUCUGCCAUUUGUCCCUCUCGGGGUCCCGUCCCAGAGAGGUCAUUCUUUUUGGUCCAACUCUUGUGUCCUCUUGCCACCAGUGUGCCCUGAUUGGAGCAGUGGGAGGAGACGUUGGUUUGUAGCGUCACAGUGGCUGCAUCCAUACAAAAACGUGUGUAUGCUGUGAACAUCUAUGCACAUAAGCCACACCCAACUGCAGAGUGUCCUUGGCAUCUGGCCCAGGUGGUGGUUCUGGGUUCUGACCCAGAGGACAGCAGCUCUUCGUUCCUCUUCUGGCCUGUGCAUGCUUUCCCCGCCUCCCCACCUCCCCCCACCCCCCCAAACCCAGAACCUUCCCGAGUGAAGCAUAAUGCCUUUCCAGAGGAGUCGCAAAGGAGCUAGCAGAACCACCGAAGAGUGCCCUGGCUCUGUAGAAAUAGGGUCCUGGUGGCUUCUGAGGAUAGCAAAAAUCCAGAGGCCUUGGGUGCAGCACACAGCCCCUCGCUGUGUGAACUGCUGGAAACCACAUUCCACUUUGUGAUGGAGCCAUCUGCUGGAAGCGUUAUCCUUGCCUGCUGUGUUGAAGGAAUAGGGCUAUUUUUCUUAAUCCUUGCUUUGUCUGUAGUUGAGUUCAUGGUAAUGAGUGAAUGGGUCAGGCCGGGUGUUGGCUGCUGGUAUGCACUGACAAGUGUUCCAAAGUGUUUCCAGGUUAGACUGCAGUAGGCUCGCAAGACUGCAACCUGCUCAAGUUAAAAUGAGGACAGGGGCCUCAAGUCAAAUAAAGCCUCGCUUGGUA